AUGACUAACUCAUCUGUGAACAUCCAUAGUACAGGGGCGACUGGCUACAUUGGGGGAGACAGUCUUUACCUCAUCUCCCAGACUCAUCCAGAAUGGGAGUUGACUUUACUUGUUCGAGAUGAAGCCAAAGCGACAAAGAUGCGCAACCAGUAUUCCCAAGCACGCAUAGUUAUCGGAGACUUGGAGAACUCGGAACUUCUAAUGGAGGAGUCACGGAAAGCAGACAUAGUCUACCACUUCGCUCAUUGCGACCAUGAGCCCUCAGCACACGCCAUUGCUUGUGGUUUGGCUCAACACUCACCAGACUCUCCAGGCUGGUGGAUCCAUACGUCCGGAACAGGCACAAUAUGCUACCCAACCUUUCGCGCCAAAGACUUCGGACUAAAACGAGAAGAGGUCUUCAACGACUGGGACGAUAUCGGCACAUUGACCAAUGCACCGGAUGAUGCUCCCCACUGGCCGACUGAGAAGAUUGUCCUCAAGGCUGGGACGGAGCACGGAGGCAGAGUUAAAACCGCUAUCGUCUGCCCGCCAUGCAUAUUCGGCCCAGGCCGAGGACCGGUGAAUACGCGUAGCAUCCAAGCGUACGAGCUUGCCCGAGAGAUCUUGAUCGCAAAGGAAGGUGUACAACUCGGACCUGCUACCAACAUCUGGACUGAAGUUCAUGUUCAGGAUCUGAGCAUGGUGUACCUUUUGCUUGGCGAGGCCGCUGCACAGGGUGGUGGGAGCGCGACGUGGGGCAAGGAGGGAUUUUAUUUUGCUGAAAAUGGAGAAUUUGAUUUCCAAGCUUUGUCCAAGGCUGUUACUGAAGCUGCAUAUGACAAGGGAUUGAUUUCAUCCCCAAAGAUUCGCAUCAUGUCUGUGGAAGAAUCAGAAAGAUCUGGGAUCAUGCAACGUUGGGGCGGCAUGCUCUAUCUCAUUGGCACCAACGCAAGGUGCCGAGCGAUACGUGCUAGGAAAUUGCUUGGAUGGGCGCCAAAACAACGGAAGCUUCUUGCUGAAGCACCUUGCAUCGUCGAAGCCGAGGCCAAGGCCCUCGGGGUGGUACCAGGGGGGCGAGUUGCACAGUGA